AUGCCGUUAUAUGUUACCGCGGCCCACUCAUCGAGGGUGAAAAAGCCGGCCAAGAGACCCGCCUCGUCACUUUCUUCCUCCUCACCGUUCGCGAAUCUUCCACGCACCAAACCAUCCCACCGCAAAGCGAGGCCAGAUACUGGCGCUAUCGACGAUGACCUGGACGUGGGAGAAGAUGAUGAAGGCGAUAGGCUAAUUCCUAGCGGCACAGUCCUCUCCACUGUCUCCAUUGAGCGUGCCAAAGAUGUCUUGACCGCCGUGCAAUAUGCUCGCGCGUCCAUGUUUGCGGCACUGCCAGAACGGGCCGGAAUGAACAGUGUCCGUAUCGCUGCGGUUCUCAAUUUCCAAAGAAACAUGCCGGCCAUAGCGUCUUUGGCCCAUGUGCAUGCCCUCAUUGCUGCUUCGUCCAAGACUGAAAGAGAGAUUGCCGCCUUGCAAACCGCCGGUAAGCUUCGGAAGAUCAAGGUCACCGGUCGAGGAAACGAUAUCAGUGGCUUAAGUGAGGUCUUGAUCACAAUGGAUGAUCUCCAAGCCUUGCUAGAGCGAAGCGAUGUUGCACCAGACGUCCGUGCAGACUUCUGCCAUGUGCUUCGUCGUUAUCCACGAGCCGCAUCUAUCUCUUCUCAAGAGCUACCUGCAUCCCAUGUAACUACGCUGACCCGAAAUGGCUUUCUCGUCUCCUCGUCGCUGACCGGCUCUCGAAAUCUUUCUUUGGCUGGUUCGUCUCUAGUUUCCAUGCCCAAAAUCUCCCGUGCAGCCUCGGGCUCAUCCGGCGCCGUUGGUGGAGACGCUGCCUUCGAGAACCUCGGUGGCGUCGGUGCUGCAAGGCGAUCAAAUUCCUCCCUCCAUCUCACACGCGACUCUCAAGAAGGAGGGUUGGCUCUAUCCGUGCCAAAUAUUGGCCCUUUUCUGAGACUUUUGCAUUCCGGUCGGGUGCGUCUUCUCCAACUCUUGGGCAAAUCGAAAUACAAGGAAGCGCCGCUGUAUCUCCUACGUGAGUGGUGGGAUGGCGCAGUUGACUCGGAGGAUAGAGUCUCUAUUGCCAAACAAAUCAGAGGAGAAUUCUCCAACGUGAUGCCGGCCAAGACCAAGAAGUGGAAGGACCUCUAUGGUCUGAACUUUGACUGGAUCCUCGAGGAGUGUCUAGGUGCUGGCUUAAUCGAGUUGUUUGAGACUCGAAGCGUUGGCCUCGGCGUACGUGCGGUGACUUGA